GCGGCGGCCCGCCGUUGCGCACCAGCAUUCCCGGCGAGCGAGCGCGAUGGCUUUGGGCGUCUGGCUCGGGGCUGUUUGGGGCCUGCUCCUCUUGAGCGGCGCGCUGGCGCAGGAGCGGAAGCCGCCGCGGAUGGUGGGGGCGCCCAUGGAGGCCAGCAUGGACGAGGAGCAGGCGCAGCGGGCGCUGCGCUUCGCCGUGGAGCGCUACAACCGCGGCACCAACGACGCCUUCAGCAGCCGGGUGGCCGAGGUCAUCAGCGUGCGCAAGCAGAUUGUCGCUGGGAUCAAGUACAUUUUCACCGUUAAAGUUGGGCGGACAGCUUGCAGGAAGUCUGAAAUAGCGAGUUCCGGGAAUUCUGAGACCUGUGCAUUCAUGACAGAGCCUGGUCAGGCAAAGGAAUCAGUUUGCAACUUUACAGUCUUCAUAGUACCUUGGGCAAACCAGAUCGAGCUGUCCAAAAAUGUCUGCCAGUAGGUGCACGUUUGCAGGGGCAGAGGGGCACACGCGGCGGCUCUGGAGGUCCUUUCCUGUUCAGUAAGAGCAAUAAUCGCCAUGUCUUCUCGAGCAGGACUUCUUGCUACCAACAUGAAAUUGUUUGCAUCUGCUUGUGUGCUAUGCAAGUAGAGUUAUAUAGCCAUCCUUUAAAAAUCCUUUUAUUUCCUGUGCGUGUUCUUCUCUGAAGUCGUAUUGUAACCAAUGUUUCCAGGCUUGAUCAGGAGAAGAAAAUAAAGAUACUACGUUUACCUUGUUAAGGAAUGAUGUUUUUAAAAAGAUUUGUAACUUGCUGAUACUCAUUGCUCACAACAAUAAAGUACUGUUCUUCAGCA